CUGGCAAUAAUGAUACCAGAACUUACUUGUUUACACCUAGAUAAAUCACUACUGUAAAUAACAUCAAAUUGCUCAUUUGAUAGUCGCUGACCGACAAGUUCAGCUUGCUGCCUGCCAGUCUCGUUCAGCUGGGUAUCUAAUAAUUAUCCAUCUAUCUCUAUUAGCAUCAGUAUUACCAUGACGUACUAAAGUAAUCAACAUGGCCAUUGAGUAACGUCGAAGAACAAGUGGCUACUCCACUUCAUUGAACGUCACAGCUUCUCAAAUCAAAAUUUGCUGAGCUUUAGAGAGCUCAGCUUUGCACCACUUAGCUUUUCUCCGCCACAACUUCAUUUGCAACAUGGCAAGCCAAAAGUCGCUAACAUCUCGGCCAUUGGACCUUACGUACUUCAUGUACAUGGCUAGUCAUAUUCCUAUUACGAUGUUUUUUGACUGCCAAGUGCUGUAUCCUACAUCUUGGAUACCACAACCACUUCUCGACCUCACUGCCUGGUACAUCCAAGAGUUCAAGGAUCCGUUAAUAUCGAACGCCAACAAUUUGCCAUGGUUCAAGAGUUUCAUAUACUGUGAGGCUCUUAUCCAACUCCCAUUCUUCUUCUGGAGUCUUCAUGGGCUCUACUACAACAAACCUAUCACGCGCGUCGGCCUUCUAGCAUAUGGUGCUCACGUAGCUACUACAGUGAUCGCCACUCUCGCUGAAGUUGGCUUUGGCUCCCCCGCCCGCUUAACUAUGACCGCUCGUGAACGCUACACUCUAAUUGGCUUGUAUCUCCCAUAUUUAAUCAUUCCAGCCACCAUGGUCGUUGAUUCCUGGUUCAAGCUGUCACCUCUUGUCAAUUCCGUCAACUUCAACAAAAAGACUAACUAAGCAGUCGCAUCAGAUCGGUUCGCCAUUUAAUUAGCCAAAAGCUCUUAUUUAACAAUGUUAAAACCCUCACAUUCGGCCGCCUAUCUUUAAUUAUGUUGUGUUGUUGGUA